CCAUAAUUUCGGGAGAAGUCAUGAUACGUAACAUAUCGAAAAGGUGGAGGGAGCUGAGUGGGCAGAACGACUGGGCAUCCCUCUUGCAACCGCUCGAUCUCGACCUCCGGAGGUACAUAAUCCAUUACGGCGAGUUGGCCCAAGCGACCUAUGAUACGUUCAACAGCCAGAGGGCCUCAAAGUACGAGGGCAACAGCCGGUACAGGGAGAAGGAUCUCUUCUCUAAAGUCGGGUUGUACACGGCCAACCCUUUUAGGUACAACAUCACGAAAUUCUUGUAUGCCAUGUCGGGAAUCGAAGUCCCGGAGGCAUUCAUAGUGAAGCCGCUGUCGGCGGAGGCAUGGGACAAGGAGUCCAAUUGGAUGGGGUUCGUGGCGGUGGCAACCGAUGGAGGGAGGGAUGUGCUUGGGAGGAGGGACAUUGUGAUAUCUUGGAGAGGGACUAUUCAGGUCUCGGAGUGGGAAAGCGAUUUCAAUUUCCCAUUGGUACCUGCAACUAAGAUUCUCGGAGACCUGGGCGACCCUAUGGUUCAUGCCGGGUGGCUCUCCAUCUAUACCUCCGCCGAUCCUGAAUCGGUCUAUAAUAAGAUGAGCGCCCGACAACAGGUUCUGGAUGAGGUGCAGAGGUUGCUGGAAGAAUUCAAGGACGAGGAAAUCAGCAUCACCAUAACUGGCCACAGCCUGGGUGCAGCACUCGGGACUCUAAACGCGGUCGACAUUGUCACAAACGGUUUAAACAAGAAUAAGGCCCAACCAGGCGCUCAGCCCUGUCCAGUGACGGCCUUCCUAUUCGCGAGCCCUCAUGUCGGGGACACAGGAUUCCGCACGGUCUUCCAGUCCCAAGAGAAUCUGCACCUUCUGCGGGUCAGGAAUGUCCCAGACGUCAUCCCCACGUAUCCCAUGGUCAGGUACACGGAUGUUGGGGAGGAACUCCAGCUUGACAACCGCAGGUCACCUUAUCUGAAGAGCCCGGGGAAUGUAGAGACCUGGCACAAUCUGGAGGGCUACCUGCACGGAGUAGCCGGGACACAUGGUGCCAAAGGAAAGUUCUGCCUUGAAGUUAAGCGGGAUAUCUCACUCGUGAACAAGAGCUCAGACAUGCUCAAGGACAAGUUCAUGGUCCCAAAUUCAUGGUGGUGCAUGAGGAACAAGGGCAUGGUCCAACAGAAGGACAGGUCAUGGAAGCUCGAUGAUCAUGAUGUCUGACAAUAGCUUAAGAGUAAGAAAUACAAGUGCGA